AUGAGCUCUUCCAUGGAGGUUACCCUGCAAAAUCCCCCAGUCGACGAAACGUCCGAACAAAAUGGUGUCGCCACCCAAGACCCAGCUCCUUCUCCCAUGCUUUCCGAAGAGAAGGUUAUCGUCUCUGUCGAAGUAUGUUUGAAACCUUCAAGUACAGUUCGGAUCGAGGAUGUCCGUUCAGCCGUUGAGAGGAUGCUCGAGAACAGGUGUUUGAGCUAUAUUGAUGGACCCAUUUCCCUGCCUCAUGACGACACGUUUCUUUCAGAAAACGUGCAAAGAAUCUGUAUUUGCGAUACUGAUGAGUCGGCGAGCAAUCACAAUAUUCUUUUGUUCUGGCAAGUCAAGCCUGAUGUGCAUGUGUUUCAGCUUAGUGAAGAAGGACCAUGCGAGGAUAUAAGCACUGAUGGCCAACCUUCCAGCUUCAAUGAAUGGAUUCUUCCGGCAAAAGAAUUUGAUGGCAUGUGGGAAAGCUUAAUAUAUGAAUCUGGUCUCAAGCAAAGAUUAUUAAGAUAUGCAGCGAGCGCUUUGCUUUUUACUGAAAAGGGCGUCGAUCCCUUUCUGGUCUCAUGGAACCGCAUUGUUCUCUUACAUGGACCUCCUGGGACUGGAAAGACGUCUUUAUGUAAAGCAUUAGCACAAAAAUUAUCCGUUCGAUUCAAUCAAAGAUAUCCCCAGUGUCAGCUGAUUGAAGUUAAUGCACAUUCUUUGUUCAGUAAAUGGUUCUCUGAAAGUGGCAAGCUGGUUGCAAAGCUUUUCCAAAAGAUUCAAGAAAUGAUAGAGGAAGAAAACAAUCUGGUAUUUGUUUUGAUUGAUGAAGUUGAAAGCCUUGCUGCUGCCAGAAAAGCUGCUCUAUCUGGUUCUGAACCUUCAGACUCUAUUCGGGUCGUCAAUGCAUUGUUAACUCAGAUGGACAAGUUAAAAUCUUCUCCAAAUGUGAUAAUUCUAACUACAUCCAACAUAACUGAUGCUAUCGAUAUUGCUUUUGUUGAUCGAGCUGAUAUCAAAGCAUACGUUGGUCCUCCAACUCUUGAAGCUCGCUAUGAAAUAUUAAGGUCGUGCUUGGAGGAAUUGAUGCGCACAGGGAUCUUGACAAGUGUACAGGAUUGUGUGAACAUCAAACUUCCAAAUUAUGCUAAUGCGAAGGAAAAGUUGAACACGCCUCAGAAUCAUGAAGCCGCCCAACUAUGUAAACAUUUACUUGAAACUGCAGAGGCAUGUGAGGGAAUGAGCGGAAGGUCUUUGAGAAAGCUUCCAUUCUUGGCACAUGCUGCCCUUGCCAGUCCUUCAGAUUGCAACCCAUUUAAGUUCUUAUGUACAAUGAUAGAAACAGCGAAGAGGGAGCGCUCUGAGCUUCCCGACUGAAAUGCUCGACUGCAAUACAAUAUGAUAAAUGAAAGCCGAAUCCUUUUUCUGGACUCACGAGCAAGACCAGUUAGAUUGUGGACACGAGACUCUUAACCCAGAUGAUCCAGUAUGAACAGGAUGCG